AAAUGGGCCUAAUGUCCUCUUCCAAAAUUUGGAGCGUGAUCUGAAACCCUAGUUCCGCUUCUGCGCUCGUUCCUGGUCUCUCUCGGCAUCCAUUUUUACGGAGCUAGGUUAAUUCGAACUUCAGGCCAAUGGCGACGACUGAGAGCACGGUUUUGCAAUUUUCACAGUCUUCUAACUCUUUGUCUGCCAAGGUUCAUCCUCUGGUUAUCUUCAACAUUUGUGAUUGCUAUGUGAGGCGCCCGGACCAGGCGGAUCGAGUGAUCGGUACACUUCUUGGCUCUGUUUUACCUGAUGGAACCGUUGAUAUUCGCAACUCUUAUGCUGUUCCUCAUAAUGAAUUCUCCGAUCAGGUUGCGCUGGAUAUUGAUUAUCAUCACAAUAUGUUAAGUUCCCACCAAAAAGUUAAUCCAAAGGAAGUUAUCGUUGGAUGGUACUCAACUGGUAUGGGAGUUACGGGUGGCAGUGCAUUGAUACACGAAUUUUAUUCUAGAGAAGUUUCAAACCCUAUUCACCUGACUGUUGAUACUGGAUUUAAAAAUGGAGAAGGCACAAUAAAAGCCUACAUCUCUGUCAAUUUGUCUCUGGGCGAUAGACAACUUGCUGCUCAGUUUCAAGAAAUUCCUUUAGAUCUUCGAAUGGUUGAAGCUGAGAGACUUGGAUUUGAUAUACUGAAGACAACUUCUAUUGAUAAACUGCCAAAUGAUUUGGAAGGAAUGGAAGCUUCAAUGGAGAGAUUGCUUGCCUUAAUUGAUGAUAUUUACAAAUAUGUUGAUAAUGUUGUGGAAGGACAUGUUGAGCCAGACAACACGAUUGGGAGAUUUCUUGCUGAGACUGUAGCCUCUCUUCCAAAACUGUCGCCAUCUGCUUUUGAUAAACUGAUGAAUGACAACGUGCAGGACCAUUUGCUGUUGCUGUAUUUGUCAAGUAUCACCAGGACACAACUGAGCUUGGCUGAAAAGUUGAACACGGCUGCUCAGAUUCUGUAACUUCUUCAACCUGCAUCGACGAUUUUGUGUCAUUUAUUUGGUAAUUGACCAAUAUCCAAGAAUUUGUGUACUUAAUUCUGCUGCAAAACGAUCCCCCUUCCCUCUUGAAAACCCCCUUUUGAUUGAUUGAGUUCACUGUCAGUCGUCUUAUACUGCUGCUUUGUGGAAUAUGUUGCCUAGUUUAACAAUGAGGGUUGUACUAGCAUCAAGAGAAUAUUGUCCAGGCACCCAAUUUUUCCCCCGAUACUUUGUCGCCAUAAAUCUGUCUUUCUCAUCUUUCACCUCCAGAUAUUAUUGUUCGUUGAAAGGUAACAAUAUGAUUUACUUUCAAUUUUCAAGUUCUCUUCGGUUA